AUGGGCUACUCCCGGAGAGUGGACAGGAAGAAGCAGGAACAGCAAACCGUACGUGAGGCGGCGGCACGUGCUAUUAUUAUUAUAGAGUGCUGGCGGGAGGGGGAAGAGGAGGAAGAGGAGGAAGAGGAGGAGGAGGAGGAGGAGCUUCUUCAGGCUGAGAGGUGGAGAGCUUUCAGCAGCACUGCUGUGGAGGAGGAGCAGGAGCAGGAGCAGGAGAUGAUGCUGGAUAAAGAUCGAGGCGGAGGAGCAGGAGCAGCAGGAGUAGGAGCAGGAGCAGAAAGAAUGUCUGCUGUCCCGUCUAUGCAGCAGCAACAACCCCAGCAGCAACCUCAACAACAACAUGUGCUGCCGCACACACAGUAUGAUGCGAUGCACAUCUGUGACGAGCGUGCAUGCAUCAACCCGUUUCAUCUUGUGUGGGGAACAUGUGCUGAGAACCGGCGUGGUCAUCAAGGACGGGAUGGUAGCAUGGGCUAUAGCCGCCUGCCUCCGGUGCAGCAGGGCAGCAUCCUCCGUUUCGGAAGCAGCAGCAACAUUUCAGCGGCAGCAGAGCAGGAAGUAGGAGAUGCUGCUCGGAUGUUGCUCUAUCUGUUUGAUGGGCACCCACCAAUUCGGAAAUGA